AUGAAAUUGUGGGUGAAUAUAUGGCAUUAUAAAGCUUUGGUUUCAGUUCAAGUCCAUUACAUCGCUUUUAUUAUGAAACUAAAUAGCCUCAAGUGGGUCAUCAAACCUGACAAAAAGACAUUAGUUAGAUUAGAAUGGUUGAAGUUCAUUAGUUUUAUGACGAAAUUUCAGCUGUACAAAGAACUACGCAAAUUAAAAUGCCGGCAAAUGAAUCAUAAUUCAAACUCAGAGAGGCCUAUCGCUUAUGCACGCACCAUCCAUACAAAGCAUCAUGCUUUGAGAGCUUUAGCUGCAUUAAUGUCCUUUAUUGGAUGA